AUGAAGAAUUUUAUCAUAUUUAUUCUUAUUGUAUGUGUUAGUUUUAUUUAUACGAAAGAUGUUUGUCGAUUUCCUAAAACUUGGAAAACUCGUUAUGAUUUCGAUUAUAAAUCUCGUAAAAAUGAAUGGGCAACACCGAAUGCUAAAACCGAUUAUUAUAAGCUAGUUCUUUCAUGGUCACCAUCGUUUUGUAAAGAAUUACCAGCAUCACAACGUAAUCAAACAUUUCAAUGUCAAUAUAAUGAUUUUGGUUUAAUUGUUCAUGGCUUUUGGGCACAAUCAAAAAGUGCUAAAACUCUUAAACAACAUCCACGUAAUUGUCGUAAUGAUAAACAAUUACCUUUGACAACAAUCAAACGCCAUUUUUGUAUGAUGCCUGGUGAAACUUUAAUUCAAGGCGAAUGGGAAAAACAUGGUACAUGUAGUUUUCGUACGGGUGAGGAAUAUUUGGAUACAAUUGAACGACUUUAUAACGCAUUAACAAUUCCGAAUCUAAAACUUAUCUUAGCUGAUAAACGUGUUGAUCAAUAUAAAAUAAAAAAAGGAUUUAUCGAAAAAAAUCCGAAGUUACAUACAAAUCAAAUGAUUAUUUAUAUGAAAGGAAAAGAAUUAGUUGAUAUAAAAAUAUGUUAUGAUCUUAAAUUAAAUUAUACAAAUUGUUAUCGUUAA